CGGGCCGCGGGCCCUGAGGCGGCGCCGAGGCGGGCGGGCGGCGGCGGCGGCGGCGAUGUUCGUGCAGGAGGAGAAGAUCUUCGCGGCGAAGGUGCUGCGGCUGCGCAUCUGCGCCCUGGACGGCGCCGAGUGGCUGGAGGAGGUGCCCGAGGACACGGCGAUCGAGCGCCUCAAGGAGCGCUGCCUCAAGCACUGCAUGCCGGGGAGCCUUGAAGACCCAAAAUGCAUAACGCACCACAAGCUCAUACACGCUGCUUCAGAGAAGGUGCUGAAUGACACCAAGACGGUCUCGGAGGAAAACAUUCAGGAUCGAGAUGUUUUGGUGCUGGUGAAGAAGAGAGCGCCACCCGCGCCACCAAAAAUGGCUGAUGUCUCUGCCGAGGAAAAGCGGAAACAGGAGCAGAAAGCUCCCGAUAAGGAAGCCAUUUUGAAAGCCACCACCGGCCUCCCCUCCCACAGCGUGGACCGGAGCGUGGCCCACCAUAACAUGAGAGAUUUUCAGACCGAGCUUCGGAAGAUCUUGGUCUCCCUUAUCGAAGUGGCCCAGAAGCUGUUAGCGCUGAACCCAGAUGCUGUCGAACUCUUCAAAAAGGCAAAUGCCAUGUUAGAUGAAGACGAGGACGACCGGGUGGACGAAAUUGCUCUGCGCCAGCUGACGGAAAUGGGGUUUCCCGAGAGCAGAGCCGUCAAAGCCCUUCGCUUGAGCCACAUGUCCGUGACUCAGGCCAUGGAAUGGCUCAUCGAGCACGCUGACGACCCCACCGUUGACGCCCCCGUGCCGGGCCACGUCUCCGUGGAAAGCACAGCCGAAGAAGCCGGGUCCUCCGUGCCCCCAGCAGUCAAUGGAGCCAGCUCGGCAGCCGGCCCAGAAGAGGCCAGGGAUGAGCUGACGGAAAUAUUCAAGAAGAUACGAAGGAGAAGGGAGUUCCGUCCGGAUCCACGGGCAGUGGUGGCCUUAAUGGAGAUGGGCUUUGACGAGAGAGAAGUGGUCGACGCCCUCAGAGUCAACAACAACCAGCAAAACGCCGCUUGCGAGUGGCUGCUGGGGGACCGCAAGCCGACCCCAGAAGAUUUAGACAAGGGGAUCGACCCAGCUAGUCCCCUUUUCCAAGCCAUCCUAGAAAACCCUGUGGUGCAGCUGGGGCUGACGAACCCUAAGACUCUACUCGCUUUUGAAGAUAUGCUUGAAAACCCCUUGAACAGCACGCAGUGGAUGAAUGACCCAGAGACCGGGCCGGUCAUGUUACAGAUAUCUCGAAUCUUCCAAACGUUGAAUCGCACCUAGAAGGGCCCGGCCGUCUCACCUCUGCCAUUUUGGAUUUGCUGCUUUGCUCCGGUCCCACGACACACCCGAGAGGCCGACGGCUGACGAGCGGUUGUGGACAGAGCGCGACAAAAAGUUUUCUUUUGCCUUUGAGCCUUUGGGUUGAUGCGUUACAGACUUUCGGUUUGAUUGCACUUUCGGCUUACACCCCGCGCCAUUUCUCUGUUUUUAGAUGUGGUAGGAGAGAGUUGGAUGACAGGCUGUUUCCUUUUCUUUCAAAAGUUUCUGUAAAAAAAAACAAUAGAAAACGAUCCAUCCUAAUAACUGGAAAAAGCUUUUACAAUUAAGAAUCUGAUGAUUGGAAAAACAGCACACCCUCACCCGUACGUGCGGUGCUCCCUGGAACGGGAGGGGCAUCGUUUGCACGCAGGCUGUUUCUCGGGAUGUUGGUUUCUCCUCUUAAGUUAUUUCUGUACUGAAAUACAGAAGACUUUUUGAA